GAGUACAGUGUUAUGCAGGGGUUACCUAUCUAUAUACGUUCAGAUCUAUAAUCUUGCAAUCUAUGACAAGUAUCCAAAAAUCUAUAUCACCUUGCGCUUUAUUUAUUCAAGAAACCAAGCGGAAAGAAAGUCUAAUCUCCUCUUAAUCUCACGAAUGGUAUCUCUUGCAUAAUUGAAGAAGGAGAAAAAUCGUGGAGUUACUCAAUUUCACUCACACGAUUCGUGUUCGACAGUUUAUCUGCAUUUGAUAAUAACAUUAGUUUUAGGAUGUCAGCGAAGGCGAUCCGCGAGGCGACAGGCAAAGACCUGUUGAACCGACAUUUGCCUGCGGGUUCGGCCGCGUUCUGCAAAUUUGCAAGCGUCGACGAAUCAACAAGUUGGGGCGAAUUAGAAUCUGCCCAUCCUUGGAUCAAGACACAGCCUUUGGUUGUGAAACCAGAUCAACUGAUAAAACGCCGAGGCAAAUUAGGUCUGAUCGCUGUAAAUAAAAAUUACGAAUUCGUUAAGCAAUGGAUUUCAAGUCGGAUGGGCAAAGAUCAAGCCGUCGGCGCAGCAGUAGGAAAACUUCGUAAUUUUAUCAUUGAACCGUUUGUUCCUCACAACCAGAAUGAAGAAUGUUACAUUUGUAUCUAUUCAAAUCGAUACGCAGAUACAAUCCUAUUCCACCACGAAGGCGGGGUGGAUAUUGGUGAUGUGGAUGCUAAAGCUUUAAAAUAUGAAGUACCGGUUGGAGGUACCGUUGAUUCCAUGACAAUUGAAAAAUAUCUUCUUAUAAACGUGUCUCCGAAAAAAAAGCAGAUGAUAUCAAAAUUUGUGGAAAACCUGUACAAUUUAUAUGUAAACUUAUAUUUCACAUAUUUAGAAAUAAAUCCGUUAGUUGUAACAGAAGAAUCUAUUUACAUAUUAGACUUAGCUGCAAAAUUAGAUUCAACUGCUGAUUUUAUAUGUCGCACACAAUGGGGGGAAAUAGAAUAUCCGCCACCGUUUGGGCGUGAUGCAUAUCCUGAAGAAGCUUAUAUAGCAAGUUUGGAUGCUAAGAGUGGAGCAUCAUUAAAAUUAACUAUCCUUAAUAAAUCUGGCCGUAUCUGGACUAUGGUGGCUGGUGGUGGCGCAUCUGUAAUUUACUCCGAUACAAUUUGUGAUCUAGGAGGUGCGAGCGAACUUGCAAACUAUGGCGAAUAUAGUGGCGCUCCAUCAGAACAACAGACAUAUGAAUAUGCAAAGACUAUUCUUAGUUUAAUGACUAAGGAAAAACAUCCAAAUGGAAAAGUUUUAAUUACUGGAGGAGGAAUCGCUAAUUUCACAAAUGUAGCAGCUACUUUUAGAGGUAUUAUAACUGCUCUUCAGGAGUUUCAGUCAAGGCUAAUUGAGCACAAUGUUUCAUUGUUUGUGAGAAGAGCUGGGCCUAAUUAUCAAGAGGGUUUGAGACGAAUGCGUGAAGUUGGUAAAAGUCUUGGCAUUCCGGUUUAUGUAUUUGGGCCAGAAACACACAUGACAGCCAUAUGUGGAAUGGCACUAGGAACAACACCAAUCCCUAAAGAAAACAAUGUUGAAUUUGCUACUGCAAACUUUUUAUUACCCAGUGGGCAAGAGCAAAGUUCUCCUGCUAAUUCUCGCAAAGGAUCUUUGAAUGCUCCCCAAGUAUCAGAACGUCAAAUAAGUAAAAUUGAAGUUGAUGGGGUUAAUGGAGACAUGAUCAAGCAAGCAAUGUUUAGCAAUAAGACCAAGGCUAUUGUAUGGGGCAUGCAAACACGUGCAGUUCAGAGUAUGUUAGAUUUUGAUUUUGUUUGUCGGAGAAGUGAACCAUCAGUAGUUGCUAUGGUAUAUCCUUUUACUGGCGAUCAUAAACAAAAAUGUUAUUGGGGUCAUAAAGAAAUUUUAGUGCCAGUUUAUAAAAAAAUGGAAGAUGCCAUGACCAAACAUCCUGAUGCCGACGUGUUAGUUAAUUUUGCUUCAUUAAGAUCAGCUUAUGAAAGCACAAUUGAAGCAAUGAAUUUCUCUCAAAUUCGUACAAUAGCAAUAAUAGCAGAGGGCAUACCUGAAAAUAUGACAAGAAAGCUUAUUAAGCUUGCUAAUGAGAAAAAAGUUUCUAUCAUAGGACCGGCAACUGUAGGUGGAGUUAAACCCGGAUGCUUCAAAAUUGGAAACACUGGUGGAAUGAUGGAUAAUAUUUUGCAUUCAAAAUUAUAUCGUCCUGGAAGUGUUGCAUAUGUAUCUCGAUCCGGCGGCAUGUCAAAUGAAUUAAACAAUAUUAUAUCGAAAUCGACUGAUGGUGUUUAUGAAGGAGUUGCAAUUGGUGGUGACAGAUACCCUGGAACAAACUUUAUGGACCACAUUAUGAGAUAUGAAGCUGACCCUAAUAUUAAAAUGAUUGUUUUACUAGGAGAAGUUGGUGGUGUGGAAGAAUAUGAUGUUUGCGAAGCUUUGAAAGAUGGAAGAAUUUCAAAGCCUUUGGUUGCAUGGUGUAUAGGAACAUGUGCUGGAAUGUUCACAUCUGAAGUUCAGUUUGGACACGCUGGUUCAUGUGCUAAUUCUGAUAGAGAAACAGCAUUGGCAAAAAAUACUGCUUUGACAAAAGCAGGAGCACAUAUUCCUGCAUCAUUUGAUACUUUAGGAGUAGUUAUAAAGAAAGUUUUUGAUAAUUUAAUAGUUGAAGGAAAAGUAAUUCUUACAGAUGAAGUUCCUCCACCAACAGUGCCUAUGGACUACUCUUGGGCUAGAGAACUUGGAUUGAUUAGAAAACCAGCCUCUUUCAUGACUUCAAUUUGUGAUGAACGUGGACAAGAACUCCUUUAUGCUGGAAUGUCAAUUAGUGAUAUAUUGAAUAAAAAUGUAGGCCUAGGUGGAGUUGUUUCACUACUAUGGUUUCAAAGAUGUUUGCCCCCAUAUGUUUGUAAAUUUUUUGAAAUGUGUCUUAUGGUGACUGCAGAUCAUGGACCAGCUGUUUCUGGUGCUCACAACACCAUUGUCUGUGCUAGAGCAGGCAAAGAUUUAGUAUCUUCUGUUGUCAGCGGAUUGUUAACAAUUGGUGAUCGAUUUGGUGGUGCUCUUGAUGGUGCUGCACGACAAUUUUCAGAGGCCUAUGACAGUGGGUUACAUCCUAUGGAAUUUGUAAAUACAAUGAGGAAAACAGGACAGUUAAUUAUGGGUAUAGGACAUCGUGUAAAAUCAAUCAACAAUCCUGAUAUGCGUGUGAAAAUAAUCAAAGACUUUGUCAUGGAACAUUUUCCUGCUAAACCACUUUUAACUUAUGCUUUAGAAGUAGAGAAAAUUACUACUAGCAAAAAACCUAAUCUUAUUUUAAAUGUUGACGGUGUGAUUGCAACAGCAUUUGUUGAUAUGCUUCGAAAUAGCGGUUCAUUUACAAGAGAGGAAGCACAAGAAUAUAUAAACAUUGGAGCUAUCAACAGCUUGUUUGUACUUGGACGUAGUAUUGGUUUUAUUGGGCAUUACAUGGAUCAAAAACGACUUAAACAAGGCCUAUAUCGUCAUCCUUGGGAUGAUAUCUCAUAUGUAUUGCCUGAACAAUAUAAUAAUUAACUUUUAUUUUAAAUCAUAAAA